AUGUAGAGUUUUACAUUAAAAGGAUCUGUUGGUUCAUGUUAUAGUAAACUCAUCACCUUCAAUCAAUUUUGGUAGAAUUUAAAAGAACGAGGGUUAAUAUUAAUAGGGAAUGGAGGUAAAUAAUUUUUCUAAGGGUUAUUAAAUUAAAUGAUUGUUUUUAAUUAUUUAAUCGCUUGCCAAUGUAAUUAAUUUUUUUAAACGAAGCAUUGAUAGCCCUUAGAGGAUGAUAUUUUGCAAUUUUUAAGGAAUAGAAAAUGUGAAGAAUUUAGUGAAGAUAUUGGGAAGAAAUAAAUCUAAAUUAGAUAGUUCAUUAAUAAACUUAAUUAAUUUAAUAUCAAUAAAAUAAUAAUAANUACUUUCUUCUUAUUCUGUAAACUAAAGAGCAUUAAGAAAAGGUUUAAAGGUUAAUAUAUCCACACCAAGGAUUGCUAAAUAUUAGGCAACCAUGUCUGCACUUAAAUUUAGGCAGUAAUCAUUGACACCCCAAUUUUAAUUUUUAUCUCUUUCCUGCAUCAAAAAUUAAAAGUUAAUUUAAUUUUUGGACUUUCAUUUUAUUAAUCCAUAAUUAUAUAUUAUUUGAGAAUGAUGUUCAAUUUUAUUAAUUUACUAAAAAUUUUCUCAUACUUAUCGAACAUAGUUAAGAUAAUAUUCAUUAAUCAUUAUCAGUGCAGAGAAGAGAUACCUAUGAAAUUAGCUUUUAAGCCAUCCAUACUAGUUGGUCGAGUUGGUAAUGUGUUUUGGUCGAGAUAUUAGAUUUCAGAAUAAGACAGAAGUACUCUCAAAGAUGUGAUUUGACAUAAUCUAAAGCAACUCUCUCUUUCAAAGUGAUUAAGGUAAAAAAGAUCAAGAAAAAGAAGAAGGUUGAUUUUGAAAAUAAAGCAUAGAUUAAAUAAGAAGUGUAUGGCAUAUAUUGAUACAGCUUUUGGUUCUCCUGGUCUGGCCAAGUACCUAAUGAAUACUGAAGCAAGUACACAAUAUAAACCAAUUGGACCAAAGAGAACUUUUCCUUCGAUUAUCAGGAUAUUCAAGAAGAAAAGUGAUAAUUUUAAUAGGAUCAGAAACCGUAACUCGUUAAACUUACCGAGAAGAAUUAAAUAUUAAAGAAGAAUUAGAAGGUUCUUGAAUCGAUGUUGGUUGAUCUAAGGAAUAAUUAAUUAGAGAGGAGGUUAUUUGAUCUGGAGAGAGUUAGAGUUGUAGAGGGAUGAUAAGGAGAGGAAUUAGAUAACUAAGAAGAUAUAAAUGAAUUAAUUGGACCCAGUAUUAAUCUCAUAAUAAGGCAGUAUGAUCUCUGUAGCGAAUAAAUAAUUCCUUACACAGAGACUAAACAAAUAAAUGUAUGUUGACUUUUUGUAUGACUGUAAAUAGUAAUUUGUAUAUAGAAAUUUUAAAAAAGGGAUAGUUUAAACUCAUUUGUAGGAAAGAGAUGUUGAAAAAUAGAAAACUGUUUGUGAAUUGAAAACAUAUAUUAGUAAGUGGAAGUUGGUAUCAACUGAAUAUAUAGGUGUUAGACAUGAUGGGCCUAAAUUAAUGAGAGAUAAGGAUAGACAAUUAAAGAAGUCUGUGAUGGAGAUCCUUAGAGUCAGGAUUAUAUAAUCUGAACCUUAUUGA